AUGGAAAUACACAAUCUUUUUGUAUUCGUAACAAACAAGCGCUUGUUGUAAACGCGACCUGCUGGUGCAUCAGGAUCAGAAAAACCCCUUCCUUUCUCGUUUCCACUCUCAGCUAACCAAAAUGGCUGAUCCUGAGUUGGAAGCAAUCAGACAGAGAAGGAUGCAGGAGCUUAUGGCUCAGCAUGGCAUGGGAAAUCAACAGAACUCUGAACAACAGCAGAAUGCUCAGGAGGAUGCAAAGAGGGAGGCAGAUGAACGAAGACAAAUGCUGCUUAGUCAGAUAUUGUCUCCUGAAGCACGCGAAAGGAUUGCUCGAAUUGCUUUGGUGAAACCUGAGAAAGCAAGAGGUGUUGAAGAUGUUAUAUUGAGAGCUGCUCAAAUGGGUCAGAUAACUGAAAAGGUUUCUGAAGAAAGACUCAUAUCACUGCUGGAGCAGAUAAACAACCAAACAACAAGGCAGACAAAAGUUACUAUACACAGGCGUCGAAGUGUUCUCGAGGAUGAUGAUUAGCCUUCACUCUCUCUUUAAACAGUGAUGAAUAUUGCUUUCAUGCUUUAUUAUGUAAUUUACGGGCUAUGUAUUGUAUCAGUGGGUUAUGAAAUAUAUCUGUUUCAUUUUGAACUAUACACUUUGGCAUUAACUCAUUUGUAAAACAAUUUAUAGCAUGUGGAAGGCAUCUCACAGAUUACAAGUUUACAAUGUACCCUGAAGUAGUUUUUUCCCAGAACCCUUUGAAUAGAUCACAAGACACCUUUACUGCUGCAUUCCAUUUUCUCGU